UUUGGGGUUAUUUUGGGGGUUUUUUUCUCCACUGAGGAGAACAGUGCCUUCUCUCCUGGAGAGUGGGUAAACUUUCCUUCUGUCUAUUCCAUUUAUUGUGUGAUUCCAUUUUGGUACUAAUUCUUGUCUUUCCUUUAAAAAAGAACAUCCUCAGCCACCCUUCCCUCCCUGUUUUCUGUCCAUCCUCGCUGGUCUUGGGGCCUUUUCCCGAGCUGCAUCCCAAGGCCACCCCAGAGGGAUGCUCCCUUUGGUACCUGAGUCUCAGGACAAAAUUAGGGAUAAAAUCCAGCACGGCCCAUAUGGAUGCUGAAGCUUUAAAUGACAGAGGAAAAAGAGGUUUGGGGGUGGUUGGAGAUGGAUCACGGAAGGUGGGACCCCACGAGCAGUUUCCCGUGGGAUUUCUGUCACUGGGAUUUUCUCUCCCAGCUCCCGGUGUUUUUCCUUCCUGCCGGCAUUGUGAGUGACAGUCCAUGCCCAGCGCCAUGUCUGUGCCGGAUGAUUUUCUUCCAGGAUCUUUCCUCCUGCCAUGGCCCAGACUGACCCCGUCCUGGCUUGGAGCAGCUCCAGGCUCAAAGCCUCCAGGAAAUUCCUCUCAUCUGCCAGGUGCUGGAGCCAAAAGCCUAUCCAAGCCCCCAGGAACCUCUGCCAGGCCCCUGGCUCCCGUGGCCUCCUCCACUCUGAGGACGAGGUGGCCCUGCCCUGCAUCUGCAAACUGGUGGCAGCCAGCAGCUUCUCCAAGCCCAAGGUGCUGACGGCCGCCUCCGCCCUCAAGUUCAUCCCCGAGGAACUCAUCGUCUUCUGUCGGGAUUUCCGCCUGCUCCGCUUCUACUUCCCUGAGAACGGGUUGGCUCCUCAGGCAUUCCGGUUGGCCAAUGCCAUCGCACGGGCACGGGAGGCGGCUGUGUGGCUGGGGGACGCUGCCGAGGGACACGAUGGCUGGUCCUGCCCUGGUGGGGCCCCCCCAGAGGAGGUGGAGGAGGAGGAGGAGGAUGAGGAAGAAGGCUCAUCUGCCACACUGUUCUUCGAGAGCCCACAGGACUGGGAGAAGGAGCUGCAGCGUCUCGGCGCUGCGGGCUGGAGGGUGAGUGCCGUCAACGAGCGCUUCGACAUGGCACCCAGCCUCCCCCAGUACCUGUGGGUGCCCAGCGGGCUUCUGGACCACGACCUCAAGCGAACCUUUGCCCACUUUCAGGAGCGACGGGUGCCUCGCCUGUGCUGGCACCACCCGGGGGGGGGGGACCUGCUGAGAGCCGCCGGCUUUCACCCGAACUCAGAGCCAGGCAGCGAGGACAUGAGGUGCCUGGAGGCGCUGCUGCUGGGGGGCCGUGGGCCCUGUGUGUUGGCCGACAUGGCCGAGCUGCCCACGCUCGCCGACAUCCAGCUCGCCCACCUGAGGCUGCGGGCACUCUGCCUGCCUGGUGCGGCAGCAGAGGAGAAGUGGCUCUCGGCCCUGGAGGGAACACGCUGGCUGGACCACGUCCGCACCUGCCUGAGAAAAGCUGUGGAGGUGGUGUCGCUGUUGGCAGGGAAGCGCUGCUCUGUGGUCCUGCAAGAACCCUCGGACCGGGACCUGAACUGCCUCCUGGCCUCUCUGGUGCAGCUCCUGGGGGACCCCCACGCCCGCUCCCUGCCUGGCUUCCAGAGCCUGGUGCAGCGGGAGUGGGUGGCAGCCGGACACCCCUUCCCGCACCGGCUGGGGCUGCUCUGCCGGGACACCCCGAGAGAGGAGGCCCCCGUGUUCCUGCUCUUCCUGGACUGCACGUGGCAGCUCCUGCGGCAAUUCCCAGCAGAUUUUGGCUUCACUGAGGCUUUUCUCCUGGCGCUCCACGACAGCAGCUUCAGCCCCUACUUCAGCACCUUCCGCUUCAGCUGCCAGCGCCAGCGGGACCAUGGCAGCAUGCCCCGGCUCCCCAGCCAGACCUACCGGCCCGUGGGGGGCUGGCAGGACCCUGGGGGGCACAGAGGAGGCCCCCCCACCUGCACCUUCCCCCCGGUCUGGGCCUGGAGGCGGCGCUACACCCGCCAGCAGCAGGAGCAGUUCCGGAACCCCGUGGGACCCCCGGCCCCCGCUGAGCCCCCGGCCCCAGGCAGGCCUGGAGACCCCUGCCCGUGGGGGGGAGCCGGGCUGGUGCUGAUGCUGGCUAAGGGCUCGUUGUGCCCCCACCCCCUGCCCUGGUGGAGCCGCCCCCCCUUGCACCCCCCACACCGGGUGUUCCCCCCAGAGAGCCGGGGGAUGCAGGGGGGGCUCUUGGGGGGCUGCUGCCGCUCCCCAGGGCUGCUCCUGCCCUGCACCGCCGGGCCCUGCAUCCGGCUCUGGCACCGCUGCUACCUCAGGGGGCUGCCCCAGGAACAGCGCGGGCGCUUGGCCCCAUCCCUGGCCGGGCUGGCUGAGGAGCUGGAGCUGCUGCAGGAGCGGCUCCGCACCUGGAACAUGCGGAGACCCCACUGAGACCCCAGAGGGCACCUGGCCCCACCCCAGCUUUGGGACACUGCCAGGAUCACUCUGGAAGAGCCCAGUGCCUCCAGCUGCUCCUGGCUCUUCUCUGGGUGCCUGGGGGUGCCAGGAAGGGCAGAGCAGCGGGUCCCGAGGUGUCCCCGAUGCUGCACGGACACUGCGUGGUCACGGCUUUCCAUUAAAUUUAUGCUGCCUCCAUGA